AAUUUGACAACAACUGUACCACAACCUUAUUGUCAUUGAACAAUGCAUCUCCAAGAGAACCAACAGUUUGUUCAAUGAGUAGUUAUCUACGCGCAAAAAGGCUUCGGCCUCAACGCGCAGAGCUUCAGACUUAGCUAAGACAGCUUAAGAACCAGUCACAACCGGCAUCUAACCAAGGUCGGUCUUUGGUCAGAAUCAAAAUGUCAGCAACCGCGAAAGCACCUAAGACGAUCGAACAACUUCAAGCCGCCCUUCGGUUGAAGGAUAAGAGCAGCGCCGAGGCACUUAUCAAAGCCAACGCCGUCACGGAAGCCUUCCGUAAAUAUUCAAAUAGAUGUCUCUCAUCGGGCUCCACAAUUAAAUUGUUGCCAGACUGGAAGGACGUUGACGGAUAUGUACAUGAUAUGCAUAUGUCAAGAGCAGUCCGGAGGGCAGGCAAGACACUCAAACAAGUGGUGGAGCAGGACUGCUUAGCCAAACCAUACGAGCUCAUCCCUCAUGCAGCGAUGUUCGCAUUACGGAUCAUGACGUUCCUGAAAAGUAAGGACGGCGAGAUAUACGAUGUGCCUUUGAAAGAUAAUGCAAGAAGGUCUUUCCAGGACCUCCAAUUUGAUCGCUGCGUUAGGAUUAUGAAUCUACUCGGCUUCCUAGUCAACCAGAAUCGAGAGAGGAAAGCGAACAGAGCUGUGAAGGAAGGAAAUUGGAUAUAAAUUAGUAGUGUUAAUAUUAUGUCCAUAAUGUUGCAUAUGAUACCCAGGUAUGUAAAUAGCUAAGAUAGAGUCACCAUUUAUAUAAAGACUACCU